CUUCAGGUUGAAGAUGGAAUCCAUGGAGGAACGCAGGCCUGGGUCUUCGAAAGCCUAUGUGCCAGCCCAGAAGUGGCACUGUGAAAGCAUCUGUAACAUCAAUCAAGUGGGCUUGGAUUUGGACAUUCUCGAGAUGAUGCAUUUGGAAGGAUGAUAUGCAGGUAGUUGGUAGAUCGUGUGGUUCAACUAAUUUCUAGAUAGAAGCUGAUGAAUUUGAUACCAGAGCAAUGACGUUUCAGGAGACCAAAACUAGAUCUGAGUCUGACUUCUUUCCCAGCUUGGAAUUCUUGGGUGUUGUAAGUCCUGGAUAUACAACAGAUGAUGACAACAUUUUUCUUUUGUGGAGCACUCCAGAAAAGAGCCAGUGAAGGCAGUGAAAGGUUUGCCAGAACAAGAGGACACAAUGCCACUAAGAAGGAGGAUUCUUUUCAGCAUCUGGAGACCUCACUUUCUAUUAUGUCUUUGUGUGAAGACAUGCUGCUUUGUAAUUAUCGCAAGUGUCGUCUCAAACUCUCUGGUUAUGCGUGGGUCACUGCCUGCUCUCACAUCUUCUGUGAUCAGCAUGGCAGUGGUGAGUUUAGUCGUUCACCAGCUAUCUGCCCUGCCUGCAACAGUACCCUUUCUGGAAAGCUAGACAUUGUCCGCACAGAACUCAGUCCAUCAGAGGAAUAUAAAGCCAUGGUAUUGGCAGGACUUCGACCAGAGAUUGUGUUGGACAUUAGCUCCCGUGCACUGGCCUUCUGGACGUAUCAGGUACAUCAGGAGCGUCUCUAUCAAGAAUACAAUUUCAGCAAGGCUGAGGGCCAUCUGAAACAGAUGGAGAAGAUAUACACUCAGCAAAUACAGAGUAAGGAUGUAGAAUUGACCUCUAUGAAGGGGGAAGUCACCUCCAUGAAGAAAGUGCUAGAAGAAUAUAAGAAAAAGUUCAGUGACAUCUCUGAGAAACUUAUGGAGCGAAAUCGUCAGUAUCAAAAGCUCCAAGGCCUGUAUGAUAGCCUUAGGCUGCGAAACAUCACUAUUGCUAACCAAGAAAGUAUGCUGGAACCAUCCAUGAUUGCACAAUCUGGUGUUUUUGGCUUUCCAUUAGGGAACAACUCCAAGUUUCCUUUGGACAGUACACCAGUUCAAAAUCGGGGUGGUGGAGAUGGAGAUUUUCAGUUCAGACCAUUUUUUGUGGCUUCUCCCACAGUACCUGAACCCAGCAACAGCUUUUUUAGUUUUGCCUCCCCAGGUCGUGAAGUAGAGCAGCAGCAAAUCUCUAGCAGGGCCUUUAAAGUGAAAAGAAUUUAGCUCAUUUUACAGAAUGUUUCUCUUAUCACUUUCAGUGGUCUCAUUUAGCAAAUUACCUUUAUUCUAGUUAGGGUAGGAGUCCCCAUCGUGCUGUUAUAUUUUUAUGAGAGACUCAGUGUCUGUAGGAAUGGCUUUAGAGUCUAGUUUCUUUUUCUGUUUCCAUUAUUUAAGACAUGAGCAUUAUAUUAAACUCAAUUUUAUUGUGAACUGUUAAGUUUUCACCAGCAAUGAAAAGGGUAUAAUAUUUUUGACUGUUUUGUAGAUCACCAUUUGUUUUCUUUCUGGACUACAUGCUUAUUUAUGAUGUAUGUGUAUAUAAGCACUGUGGUAUAUGUCUACAUGUCACUUUGGGUUCUGGUAUUUAUGCAUAUAUGGAUAUAUGUGUUCCUUUAUAUUGGUAUUUUGCUGUAUUUGCCAGUGUAUUUAUAAGAAGAUUUUGGCCUCUGGAAAUGGCAGGUGAAUCUGUAGCUCGUUAUUUGGCUAUGUAUAUCUAUUUGUAUAUAUUUAUUUAUUUGCCCUUGUGUUAGUUUGUGGAGGUGUGUUCAUGUCAGUGAAUGAGAGUACAAUUUGAUGCAUGUAUAUGAAGUCUUAUAUUUCUUUUUUAAAAUGAUUCAUAUUGAUAAAGUUAUUUUGUAAAGUUGAUUUUUGGCAUUUAUUUUAAAAUAAAGUUACUUUUUCUUUACCCUUUUGCCAGCAGUUGCCUUGGGCCUACUUACGCAGAAAAUUUAAACAAUAUAUUAUUGAUCUCAAGAGAUUAUAUUAAUUAAAAUACUUUUAAA